UCUGUAUUGAACUCUCAGAGGGAAUAUGCUGCGUUUCCUCCUGUUCUUUAUCAAAGUCCCCAAAAUAAGCUGGAAUGGGCAGUGACUUUGCAUGGUUUCUGCACACCUUUUCCACUUACUAAUUAGGGCCUGCCUCACAGAGAGAGAGAACACACGCUGCCUGGCUCUGCAAGGGAAUGCCCAUGCUACAGAUUACAAGGAUGAAGCUGCUUGGAGCUGCCCUCCUCUCCCUGGCCAUGUUCAGCAUCUGCACUGCAAAUGCAAAAGAAAAUUCAUCUAUGACUCCAACAUCCAACAGCAUUCACUCGAGUCCAGGAUACACAUUUCAAUUCAGUACUCCAACAACCAAGAACAUUCAGUCCACUCCAGUUUCCAGUGAUUCAACCAUUACUAUAAACAGCAGUACAAAUGUCUCAGUUGCUUCAAAUGUUACCUGGGAACCAGUUUUCCAGACCAACUCUUCACAACAACCAACACAGGUCACUACAUCACCAUCAUCAAUAACAGAAGCAAAUGACAAAACUAGUAGUGCAGGGAAAACUGAAUCACUGCCAACGAAUUCUGUGACGGCAGCAUCAGACUCCGCUUGGAUGACGGCUGAUCUGACUACCAGUAUAAUAACCUCAGAACACAGCAAGGGUCAUCAAACCACAUGUAAUGCUACUGGGUCACCUCCAACUCCAGUAACAGGAACCAACGCAACAGUCAUCAAGUCUGACACUAUAAGCCCACACCAGAAAUCAACAUCAACACCAAGUCAAGGCAGAUCUAGUAGCAAUGACAAACAAGCAGAUACUGACCAAUAUUCCGGUAUUAUUUUGCCAGUUGUGAUUGCCUUGAUCGUAAUAACCCUUUCUGUAUUCAUUCUGGUGGCUUUGUACAGAAUGUGCCAGAGGACAGCCCCAGAGAGACAAGAGAAUGGAACUGAACAAGCCCCAACAGAUAAAGAGGGUGUCAAACUUCUUUCUGUAAAGACAACUUCUCCUGAGACUGGUGAGCACAUCUUUCAGGGAAAGAAUAGAACUCACCAACCUGAUGAAUCCUCCUCACACCUGGGCAAUAAAUAUCAAUUUGCCUAUCAAGAGCUGCCCCAUCAUCCUCUGAGAGCUGAGGGAUUUUCAUACUUCUCAAAUAUCUACUUAUAAGUUCAGGAUUUGGAUGUUCCAAGUAUGGAAAAGAUCCUGUAGAGUUAUGUUUACUUUCCAAAACAGAAAGUUCUUUAACCAAUCUCUCUUCUUCAAGAGCUCUCAUCUUUUUGAGGUAUUCUGCUAUAUUUAUGUGAAGCAGCCUCUUUUACCACGUUAUAAAGGAACUGCCCUCUGACUUUGCAGUUCCACGGCAGACAUGUGCAUCAGCUGCAGCUUCCUACAGAGAGGGAGGACACUUGUGUUAAUUGUUCUAUGAUUAGCUCUUGAUUUCCAUACUCUAAAUGCCUCGUGUUUUCUGCUGGAAAGACUCUUGUGUUUUCUUGAUGGCUACAUAACUGAUGUACUGUACAUAUUUAUUAUUUCUACAUAUAUCAAAGCAGAGAAACUUUCAGGAAUGAUAAAAGUAUUGUAAAAAUCUGGUGGUGUGUCACUAAUAAUGAUGUCUUUCUUGUACAUAGAAAUGUUUUCUUCCCGUACAGGAAGGAAUAUGUUAAUAUAUUUUCUUGUACGCUCAAUAAAUAGUCUUCUUAAAUCAUAUGUAGUAGAUUGCAAACUUGGGGCCUGAUCUUUCAAACAUUAGUAUGCAAAAUUAUCAUUACCACAUGUACGUCCAUUGACUUCUUUUGGGCCUACUCAUAGUAGUAAGCACUUCACCUGGUAGUAAAUGUUUGCAGGAUGAGGCACUUAGAGAUAAUAUCAAAGUGGUUUUGUUUUUGUUUUUGUUUUUUUCCAUGAAGGGGGCAAUUUUACCAAUUACAUCUUACAUUAGAGUUUUUUUUGAAACACUGCACAUGGUCCUUACAAUGCAAACUAAUUACAAACAAAUAUUAUAGUUUAUUUUUGACUGUUCCUUGGGUAGUCACUUUCUUAUAUCUGCUGUAAAAAUAUUUCCCUGCUAUAAUCUGCAUAAUACAGUGAGGAAUCAAAAGGCAUUUACAAUACUACAGGCUGCAUUUGUCAAAGGAAUAACAACAGUGAUAGGCCUUGUUUCUCAAAUUUUGAGUAUUGCAUGGAAUUCCUAUUCAUUAUUUAUCAGCUCUGGAAAUUUAAUGAUUCCUUCUAAUGAUAAUUGCAGAAUAUCUCAAUUUAUAGAGCACUUACGUAAAUAUCUAAAUAGUGCUGCUACCUCCAUGUGUUCUGCUUUUCUAGAUAUAUAAACCUUUGGAAAUAUAAUAAUUUGAUCAGUCUCAAUCUGUUGAUUCGUUUCAUUUAUUUGCUGAAAUAUGAAAAUGAGACACAGCAGUCUCAUCAGUGGUCUAAACACAGGAUUGAGAGCCAAGAAUUCUUAUUCUAGUUCUUUUCGCUAUGCGUUCGGGCAAGUCACUUAGCUCCUCUUUCUAGUUUUGCCCCUCUGCAAAGUGGCAACAAUAACAACUACCUACCAGUCUCACUGGGCUGUUGUGCAGAUUAAUUAGUUAAUGUUUGUACAGUACUUUGAAGAUGAAAAGUGCUCUUCCAGUGGUAGGCAUGAUCAGCUGUGUUGUUUUCUCUUUGAUGGAUCUGACCCUGUAGCUAAGAGACUCAAAGGAAAACUUUUCUAUUAAGCACUGUGAAAGCUGGGCACGAAAUCCACGAACCAGUGUACUACAGACUGCAGCUGAACUUUUAUACUUAGAUAAAGCAUUCUUUGUGCUGGAUCACCUGAGUGACUUGGGAGAGUUUGGUUGAGCAAAAGCAUCAUGAUGGCUGUACUUGCAAAAGGUGAGGCUAUCUAAAACAUGCAACUUAACAGUUCAUAUAAAAUAUUAUACCCAGUUCACCAUCCUGACUGCUGAGGAUUCCCAGUAGAAAGAAGAAUCUGUGCCUGAGUUUUCAUGUAAAUGUAAAAUAGGUGUUUCAUCGAACAUUCUUUAUAGGGCAGUUUGAAAGAGCUGAGAAAUGUGAGUGUGGAAGAUAAAUAUCAGUGAUUAUGCAAGAUUGGUGCAGAAACUGUCAUGAAGUGUCCAGAUAAUGUUAAUCUUAUAAUAAAACUUUAUGUGUAUUAAGA